AUGGCUUCUAAAUCGUUUGUCAUAGUAGCAUUCUUUUUAUUUACCAUAGUAUUUGGUAGCAUAGAUUUCGUUAACGCUGAACCCUCUAUGGUUGUUGGUUAUGACCCAAUGGAAAUCUGUAUAGAAAACUGUGCCCAGUGCAAGAAAAUGCUUGGAUCUUGGUUUGAUGGACCUCUGUGCGCUGAAUCGUGCAUAAGAAAUAGAGGAAGGUUUAUGCCUGAUUGUGAAGAUUUCGCAUCUAUUGCACCGUUUCUAAUUAAGAUUUAA